GUUGCAUGGUGUGCCUUGUGGCGGGCUUGACAACAGGGAUGCAGGUGGAGCGAUUCGGCCAGGACCGUUCACAUCUGUCUUGAAGGAGAGAGGGGGGAAAGGAAACCUACGUUGUGGUCUGCUCAUCGCUCUGGAUGAAAAAAAAAGAAACACAGAAGCGUGAACUGCAUCCAAGCUAUAUCCAGGGAUAUUUACAAACAUCCCCAAGUCUGGAGAAUAUAAUCGGAGGGAUUGCCGCAAAACACAAAUCCCCACCUGCCCCCCUAACGAUGGGACCCAUACCUGCGUAAAGCUUGGUAGUCCUUAAGUUUCAGGAGAAGAAUGGGUUUACGCUGAUACCAUGAACGCAUAGUAUGCUCUAGCAGAUACCAGUACCAGACUCUGAUACCCGUCUACUCUACGGCUCCCUCACUCUUUUGCUCCUUUUCUUCUGCUUGCACUCCCCUUAAAGAAAGAUCACAAUUGGAUAACUCUCCCCCCAAGCUUUUGUCGCCAGCUCAAAUUUCCUGGAAAUUGCACUGAGAUCUGGAUUCGAGAGAAAGUUUCUAUUUUCGGUCCAGGGUAGACCAAGAGGCUUUUGAAGAAAGUGCUGUGUUGAAAAUAUCAUAUCCCCUCCCCCUCUUUUACUCUCCCACUAUUCCUCAUUCCUUUUCCCCAAUUUGCACCAACUGAUGGAGAGACAAAGGAGAGAGUCAGGAUAAGGACACAAAUUUGAAAAUCAGUCAAGUCAAGAAAAUUAGAGUAGGACCCCUGUGAGGAUUACUUUACCCAGUUGAUAUCCCAGUUCAGUGAUAUAUAAUGCUCAUUGUUUACAUUUGAAAUCUGUUAGCCACAGCGAAGUUAGGCUUUACCUCUGGGGUGCAUUAGACCAUAAAGGCAUCAAAUAGAGAAGGGGAAACUUGGGAACUUUGAGCAUGACAAGGGGGUUAAGAUUCUUCUGUUGGCCCCUGUGGCCUAUGGCCCUCUUCAGCCUGCUCACUACAGUGAAGAUGCUGGAAUUUGGUGGGGCGCCUGGCCAGUGGGCACGCUACGGACGCUGGGAAGCUGGAUCAGUGGGUGAGCUGAGCUUCAGUCUCAAGACCAACAUCAGCAAAGCCUUGGUACUCUAUCUGGAUGAUGGCGGCAACUGUGACUUCUUGGAGCUUCUCAUCGCUGGUGGGCGCCUCCAGCUGCGCUUUGCCAUCCACUGUGCCGAGCCAGCCACAGUGCACAUGGAGACACGGGUGAAUGAUGACCGCUGGCACAUGGUCUUGCUCACCCGCAAUUUCCGUGAGACCCUCCUGAUGGUCGAUGGUGAGACAAAAGUGGCUGAAGUCAAGUCCAAGAGGAAGGAGAUGGCAGUGGUCAGUGACCUGUUUGUGGGCGGGAUCCCACCUGAUGUGCGCCUCUCUGCGCUGACGUCUAGCACCGUGAAGUACGAGCCACCCUUCCAGGGCUUGAUCUCCAAUCUGAAGGUGGGGGAGAUGCCUCCUACUUUGUUAAAUAGCCAGGGCAUUCAGAGCGACCUGGAGUACCUCUGCACCAAACAGAACCCGUGCUUCAAUGGAGGGUUUUGCUCUAUUCAGUAUGGAGAAGUUCACUGUGAUUGCACCCUCACCCGCUUCAAGGGGAAGUACUGCAAAGAAGCUGAAGAGUAUGCUGCCGAAGGUCUGGCGCACCUGACGUUAAACGACCAAGGUGACUCAUCUCAAGUCGGUAAGGAAGAAUCGGUAGCCACCUUCAAGGGCAACGAGUUCUUCUGCUACGACCUGUCGCUGACGCCCAUCCAGAGCAGCACCGACGAGAUCACGCUUUCCUUCCGCACGCUGCAACGCAACGGCCUCAUGCUGCACACCGGCAAGUCGGCAGACUACGUGAACCUUUCCUUGAAGAGCGGCGCGGUCUGGCUGGUCAUCAACCUGGGCUCGGGGGCAUUCGAGGCCCUGGUGGAGCCCGUCAACGGCAAGUUCAACGACAACGCCUGGCAUGACGUGCGCGUCACCCGCAACCUGCGCCAGCACGCAGGCAUUGGACACGCUAUGGUGACCAUCUCAGUGGAUGGUAUAUUGACCACCACUGGUUACACCCAGGAAGAUUACACCAUGUUGGGUUCAGAUGACUUCUUCUACAUUGGAGGGAGCCCGAACACCGCCGACCUGCCCGGAUCACCAGUCAGCAACAACUUCAUGGGCUGCCUUAAAGAUGUGGUGUACAAGAACAACGACUUUAAGCUGGAGCUGUCACGGCUGGCCAUCGAGCGUGACCCUAAAAUCACCCUGAAUGGUGACUUGGUGUUUCGCUGCGAGGACGUGGCGGCCCUGGACCCCGUCACCUUUGAGACCCCCGAGUCCUACAUCUCCCUGCCCAAGUGGAACACCAAGAAGACGGGAUCUAUCUCCUUCGACUUCCGCACUACGGAGCCCAGCGGGCUCCUGCUGUUCAGCCACGGCCGUCCUCAGGGUCCCAAAGAGCAGAAGCCUGGUAGGGAGCUGAAGACUGAUUACUUUGCCAUGGAGCUGCUGGAGGGGUAUUUGUACCUGCUGAUCGAUAUGGGCUCUGGGAAAACAAAGCUGAAGGCUAGUAACAAGAAGGUCAAUGAUGGGGAAUGGUGCCAUGUGGAUUUCCAGAGGGAAGGGAGGAAAGGAUCUAUCUCAGUUAACAGCCGCAGCAUGCCCUUCAGCUCCCCAGAGGGCAGUGAAAUCCUGGACCUGGACAGUGAUAUGUACCUAGGCGGGCUGCCCGAGUCUAAGUCGGACCUCAUCCUGCCGCCAGAGGUGUGGACGGCGCUGCUUAACUACGGCUACGUGGGCUGCGUUCGCGACCUCUUCAUUGAUGGCAAGAGCCGCGAUGUCCGCCGCCUGGCUGAGAUCCAGAGCGCGUUCGGUGUCAGCAGCUUCUGCACGCGUGAGCUGCAGAAGAGGUGCAGCAGCGCCCCCUGUGGCAACGCAGGUCUGUGCAAAGAGGGCUGGAACCGCUACAUAUGUGAUUGCAUCGGCACCGGAUACCUGGGUACCAACUGUGAGAUAGAGGCGACGGUGCUGAGUUACGACGGCAGCAUGUACCUGAAGAUCAUCAUGCCCGUCACCAUGCACACAGAGGCCGAGGACGUGGCACUGCGCUUCAUGUCCCAGCGGGCGUAUGGCCUGCUCAUGGCCACCACCUCCAAGGAGUCGGCGGACACCCUGCGACUGGAGCUGGACGGAGGCCGCGUCAAGCUCACCGUGAACCUCGAUUGUAUCAGGAUAGACUGUAGCCUCAGCAAAGGACCUGAGACGCUGUUCGCGGGACAGAAGCUGAACGACAAUGAGUGGCACAUGGUGAAGGUGGUGCGACGAGGCAAGAGCCUGCAGCUGUCUGUGGAUAAUGUCACAGUGGAAGGCCAGAUGACGGGUGCUCACACACGUCUCGAGUUCCACAACAUCGAGACGGGCAUCAUGACCGAGCGACGCUUCAUAUCUGUGGUGCCCUCACACUUCAUUGGCCACCUCCAGGGCCUGACCUUCAACGGGGUGCCCUACCUAGACCAGUGCAAAAAUGGGGACAUCUCCUACUGCGAACUGAACGCCCGCUUUGGCAUGCGUCACAUCAUUGCAGAUCCGGUGACAUUUCGAACGAAAGGAAGCUACUUAGCGCUAGCCACUUUGCAAGCUUACGCUUCCAUGCACCUCUUCUUUCAGUUUAAAACCACCACGCCGGACGGCCUGAUGCUCUUCAACUCUGGAGACGGGAGUGACUUUAUUGUCGUGGAACUGGUGAAGGGAUACGUCCACUAUGUCUUCGAUCUCGGCAACGGGCCGUCGCUGAUGAAGGGCAACUCGGACAAGCCCCUCAAUGACAACCAGUGGCACAACGUGGUGGUGUCCCGGGAUGCCAAUAACGUACACACCCUCAAGAUCGACUCACGCACCGUUACGCAGCACUCCAAUGGAGCCCGCAACCUGGACCUCAAAGGGGAGCUGUACAUCGGUGGCGUGACAAAGAACAUGUACAGCAAUCUGCCCAAGCUGAUUGCAUCCCGGGACGGGUACCAGGGCUGCCUGGCCUCUGUGGACCUGAACGGGAGACUCCCCGACCUGAUCGCAGAUGCCCUCCACAGGGUGGGCCAGGUGGAACGAGGCUGCGAUGGACCCAGUACCACCUGUACGGAGGAGUCUUGCUACCAUCAGGGGGUGUGUCUCCAGCAGUGGGAGGGCUUUACCUGCGACUGCACCAUGACGUCCUAUGGAGGUUCAUUUUGCAACGAUCGUGAGUGA